UGCUGCUGCCAUGGUGAGGUGACUGCAAGAGUUUUCGUGGCGAUCUGUUUAGCUAAGCAAUAACGGCUCUGUGUUUUUAUUUAUUGCACGCUAUCUUUGAACAGGUUUUGGUGCAGAUAAGUCACUUGUCGACUACAAGUCCCACGGUCCCUUUAGUUUUUGCUGUUUUAACGUCACACUUAACGUUACCGUCUAUCAACGUGUGUGGCGGUCUGUUAGCAACAGGUGUGCAGAGAGUGGAGGUUAAAGGACACGAACCGGUUGACUAUUUGGGCAGCGGCAUCCAGCAAACUGGAUUUCAUGUUCAAGUUGGAUGCUAACGUUCGCGUUUGUUAUCUCAACAAUUGUGCAUUCGGUGGUGGUGUGUCUGCAUAGCAAAAGAUGUCAGCAGGCAGGAUGAACCCGGAGGAGGUUUUGGCAAAGCUGAAGGUAGAAGUGCGUUCCUUGCUCAUUUCAUCAAAGAUGGGCUUGGACGCUGAUCAGCUCAGGCGAGACUAUAUCUCCAUGAUGGGGCAUCCCAUGCCGCUGAAAGUCCUGGGCUUCAGACACAUCAUGGAUAUGGUGAAGGAGAUGCCUGAUGUGGUAUCUGUUCACUUCAGGGUAGAUGGCAGCUCAUUUUUAAAGGCUGUUGGCGACGAUUCCACCCGAUACAUUGAGGCGCUAGUAGCUAAGCAGCGUCUGCCGAAGUCCACCAAGAAUACUCGGAGGGGAGGUAUGAGCUACUUCUCGCCCCGCUACCGUCACCCGUCCUCUGCUGUGGUCCUCCCCAGAAGAGCUCGUGCUCCUCCGGCUGUUCCCGCCCAGCUCAAGGCACAGCUCUCCAUACUGCUCUCCCAGGGUCCACUCAGGUUGUCUGACCUGGAGUCCAGCUUCCUGCGCGCCUUCGGCCUCCCGCUGCGUGUCCACAACUACGGCUUCUACACCACUGGAGAGAUGCUGGAGGCAGUGGCGGACCUAGUCGUUAUUCAGCAGGGCAGGCUCGGAUCAGUUCUGAUCUUGAAGGAACAUGUGCAGCCCAGACCGACCAGCUUAUCAAGGACUGGACCCAUAAAUUCAGAGUUGCCUGGAACUGUCAAGUCAGCCUUCGAAGUGACAGACACCAUAUCUCAGACACCAACAAAAACCUCAGAAGUCCCAGUGAAGGAAAGUCCUCUGAACCAGCCAGCCGCUGAGACUACAUUUGGCCCUGUCCAUAAAGAGUCAACAACUGGUCACAAGGCACAGGUAGUUGAGAAGAACCAGGAAGCGAACCCAGAGCAAUGUCAGGAAGGUCAGCUCUUUCAGAAACGUGUCCUUGAGCUGGAGGAGGAGCUUCGCCAGCGAAUCCUGAAGAACGGAGUCGCUGGCACCAUUAGUCCGGAGCUGAAGGACAAGCUACGAGAGGUUGUAGGUCAGACCAGUGGUGGAUUAUCAGUGCACGCUCUGCCUGCUGAGUACAAGAGGCUUUUCGGUGAGGAACUCCCGCUGCAACCGAGCGGCUUUGUCAGUGUCAUCGAACUGGUCGGUGCCAUGAGUGACACCUUCCACCCGAAAUCUGUCGGGAGUCAAAUUGGGCAACACUGGAUAGUCAUGGACAUACAGGACAGUGGCAAUACACAACCAGACUCAAAGGUGACUGAGUCUUUUUGGGAAGGCAAACUGGAAGGAGACGAUGAUGGCAUCACAGCAGAUGAUGAGAACGAGGAGCUGGAGACCAGAAACAAUUCCAAGACCCAUGAAAUGAUGUCUCAGAUGUACCCUGCCAUUCAGGUGCAUUGCAGCACUGCGGUGCCCCCGGAUGCCCUGCAGAGUCAACGUCUCAAACCACCGACACGCCGUGGUGCUCGAGAGCUGGUAGAAGUCCUGGUGGAACAUGUGAAGUCGCCUGCAUAUUUCUACAUCAGCUUCAGCGAGAGUGAUGAGGCCCGCGUUUUGGAGGACAUGAUGAUGGAGAUGAGACGAUGUUACACCUGUCCCGAGGUGUCGGAGCGUUACCGCCUCCCUGAGCGAUUUGUCCGACCAGGUCAAGUCUGCUGUGUGUCACCCAAAGGAAUGUGGUUCUACCGGGUGGUGAUCCAUCAGGUCAUCAGCCCCACUGAGGUCGAGCUGUACUACGUUGACUAUGGUGACAUCAUCACAGCACAGAGCGCCAACCUAAUGUUCCUCAAGUCUUGUUAUUCAAUUCUUCCGGCACGCGCAGUUCCGUCUUCACUCUCUGGAAUUAAACCCAGCACUGGCAGCUGGACUGCUGAGGCCGUGGCUUCUUUCCAGAAGCUGUGCUCCGAUCGCACCCUGGUGGGCGCUUUGGAUUGUUACACUGGAGAUGUGCUUCAGCUCUACUUGUGUGACACACACACUGAUAAGGACAUCUACAUCCACACUGUCCUGCAGAGCCAGGGCCACGGGACAGCCUGUAGCCUUACAGCCAAUGCAGCGCUGUGUGUCCAUGCCUGCCCAGUGAGUCUCUACCUGGGGAAGGGAAUGGUUGACCUGCCAGAAGUAGAAGAGGUAGUCACUUUUUCACCAAAGCAAGCAAACAUGCUUGAACAGUCCAUGUCAGCUUCACCGAAGGUUGACGACGAAGAGCUGCCCGACCUGGAGUUUCUUGAGGACAAAGAGGCAAUGGACACCAACCCCUUCAAUGCUCUACGGAAUGAUCAAACCUUCAGCUACAGUGAAAUGGAUUGGGCCUCGACCAACACAUCGCCUCCCACCAACUCUUCCUGUCCGACCCCGAGCCCUCUCGCCCCUCCAGAUUUGAUCCAGACGACACCAGCUCAUUGUAAAGCCGAUCUUAAAACCCUGAUCCGGACUCCUCCACUAACUCCAUCCAGCGUCACUUCCAGCCCCUGCUGUCCAACACCAAAAGAGGAGCAACACCAGCACAAAGUCGCUGCCCCCCUGUUGGUCAGGCCACCUCAGAUUCUGAGAACCCUGAGCCUCCACACCCCUGACCUGGCCCAAAUCCCUUACUACACUCAGGGUGUACCAGUUUCUCCGUUUCACCUGCGAAACUCUGGCAUCCUGUGUCCUCUGUUUGGUGCCAGGUAGGUGGAGCCUCCGACAUCCAACCGCAAAGGAAGGAGCAUUCAUUCCUUAAUAACUACAACUGCUCACAAAAUAUUGUCACAGUUCUGGAAUAAUUUGGUCAGCGAGCACUUAAGUUAUUUACUGACUUGUAAAAAGUGAAAAAAGCAUUUUUAUAAGAAGUUUGUUUUAAUCUAUUCUAGAUAAGUUUAUUGUAUGUUAAGCUCUGUUUAUUAGUUUGGUAUAGUUUGGUAUCAGAGUAAUUGUAGCCCUUUCCUAACAGUUUUGUCUUGAAAUACAGGAAAGUGAUGGCUGUUCUU